AUGGAUCAACAGAGCAGCUUACGCCUCAUUGAACUUUAUCAAACCUACCGAUUUUUAUGGGACCCCAAAGAUAAGGCUCAUCAUAACAAAAUGAAGAGAGAGGACGCAUGGAAGGAAAUGAGUGCAAAAAUGCAGCAGCCUGUCAAUAUUUUAAAAUCAAAAAUGAAAACAUUGAUGGGUUCCUACAGGAGCGAGAGGUCAAGGGAGAACAAAAGCAGACUCUCUGGGUCCGGUAUCGAGGAUGUAUAUACGUAUAACUCUAAAUGGUUCGCUUACAAAUAUUUCGAUUUCUUAUCCGAUAAAGAGAACCCAAGAGAAACUAUGGAUACAGAAGUAGUAGAGAGUUCUGAAGAACAACUGGAAGUGCAAGUUCGAGUCAUUCCAAGGCAGUUCAAAAGAAUAUAAUUUGUGGAGCGGUCACCAUACAAUUGUUGAACGAACGAAAUCGAAACAAUUAGAUGAAUAUUCUACAGAUAUUACAUCAGAAGUCACUCAAUACUUAAGGAGUCCAAUUUCCAAUUUUUCUGAUAACCCGCUGUCUACUUGGAA